AUGCAUUUCUUUCCUGGUCUACUCGUCGGCUUCGGCGUUCUGACUAUUAUAAUAUCAAUUUUUCUCAAUUCAAAAGUGACCCCCGUAUUACCACCUGCAUCUCAUUUCCCGGCGAAUUUAGUGUGUUCAUCAGGAAAUAGACCCUCGAACUCUCCAUAUUUUGCUGGCUGGAAUACCUGGUUUCACCCGGAACGCGUCUCAUCAUCGGGCCAAUUUCGAGAAUGGAACAUUUUGCACCAUCUAGGGGGAAAUGGCCCUUGGAUUCAAAGAACAACACCCAAUUCAAUCGAGAACUCACUGCCUGAUAAAUGCGAAGUAGAGCAGGUGCAUAUGCUUUCACGUCACAGUGAGCGAUAUCCUACCCGCAAUGCCGGAGAGCGCCAUUUAGCGCUUGUUAGGCGCUUGAAAGACUUAGAAGUUCCAUUGAAUGGAUCACUUUCCUUCUUCAAUAACUGGACCUAUUUCACCCAAGUUCCAGAACGGGAUUUCGACCAACUCACUUCCACUGGUCCAUACGCCGGCACCCUAGGAGCUUUUACCACAGGAACUCGCUUUCGUACUCGCUAUGGCCAUUUACUACCUUCUCAGGGCAUCAAAACUAAAAUAUGGGCCAGCGACUCACAGCGUGUCAUCGAAACUGCGAAGUAUUUUGCCGCUGGGGUUUUUGGAAUUGACUGGGAACAGAUGCAAAGGGCCGAGGUGGAAGUAGUACCAGAGACACUGGACCAACAUACCAAUACCCUAACCCCCGGCGACACUUGUGUCCGGUAUAUUGAAGAUACUGCCUUGGGUCAUGACUAUGGCCGGAAUAUGUUGGCGGUAUUUCAAAAUGCGUACAUUCCUCUUAUAGCGCAUCGCCUUGUUGACGAGGAGAACAACCAAGCUGUGGGAAAUUUGUCCGCUUUGGAAGUAUAUGGCAUGCAAGAGAUGUGUGGAUUUGAAUCUAUUGUUCGUGGAACUAGUCCCUGGUGUGAGCUAUUCACUCCCAAAGAAUGGGAGCAUUUCGAGUAUGCCAGAGACCUUCUUCACUAUUAUCGAGGUGGACCGGGAAAUAAAUAUGCAGCAGCAAUGGGAUUGUUAUGGCUGCAUGCUACGGGGCAGCUUCUGCAAGCUGGGCCCGAAAACGGGACACUAUUCUUUAGUUUUGUUCACGAUGGUGAUAUUGCGCCCAUGCUAACAGUUCUCGACCUGUUUCCUGACCCUAAAUACGACCCGCAUCUUCCAGUCACGCAUGUCGCUGAGGAUCGUGUAUGGCGGGUAUCUACUGUGAUGCCCAUGGGAGGAAGAAUCAGUUUCGAGCGGCUCCGGUGCAGUGGAUCAGACAACGUAUCUAAUGGGACUUAUGUCCGCAUUAACGUUAAUGAUGAUAUUGUUCCGCUACCAGGCUGCAGCUCGGGGCCAGGAGAAAGCUGUCCUCUGGAGAAAUUCACAGCGAGGAUUAGCAGGAAGAGAGAAGAACUUGGCGGGUUUGCUGAAGUUUGCAAGACGAGUGGACUCGAUACAGGAAUAACUUUUCUCAAGCAACCAGGGUUUUGA